AUGUAUCUAAAGACAUGGAAAGAAUUCGAGACCGCCUCGUACAAUCUGCUCCUCAAAGAUCCGACCAGGGUCAGAUGCACUAUGAAAUAUUGUCAUAGUCAAUCAACUGUGCAAUUAAAAGUUACAGAUGAUAUUUCGUGCUUGCAGUUUAAAACUUCAGAUAUUCAAAAUGUAAAAAAAAUCGAAGUAUUUUAUGCUACAAUUAUGAAACAAAUUACAUCUAAUGAACUUUGA